AUGCAUUCACAAUGGGAUUACUGUAGCAUUGUUCAUCCUUCCACAGAUGCAUCAACUCCGCGAACUCCUCAAGAUCACUGCGGAGGAGAGUUGAGUGGGCCAAAUGGAUUUUUAUCGUUCCGGCAGCAACCAUCACAUCCAGUAGUCUGCGUUUGGCGAAUCACGGUAACGCCAGGAAGAGAGGUGCGGCUCCUUUUCAACUCUCUAACAAUGCCUUCCUACAAUUCUCGGUUGCGUGUGUUAGACGGAAUCAACUGUGGAGGCGCUAUACUGUCACAGCUUUCUCAUCAUUCCCGCAUUCCUCAAAACGGCAUUGUCUCCAAUAGCAAUACGAUGACGGUGGUGUACACAGAGACAGUAUUUGAAACGGCCUUGACCAAUAUUGAUGCCUCUUUUUCAGAGAUUAUGACGGAGGUCACCUUAACCACCGGGACGGGUACAACGCCAAUCAGGACUGCCCCAG